AACAAAUUUUGUGUAACAAUGUAUUCCUUUAACUCACUAUUCACAAUUUUAUGCUUUCCAUUUCUUCUUCUCUCCAUUUUUGCUUACGAUAGCUACACUCAUCGCGCUCGCGGUCCUUGUAAAGAAAUGGUAUUUUACUUUCACGAUAUUGUAUACAACGGAGAAAAUUAUAAAAACGCGACCUCGGCUAUCGUCGGCGCGCCCGAAUGGGGUAAUAGGACCAUAAUGUCAAGUCCUAACAACUUUGGGGACUUGAUUGUAUUUGAUGAUCCUAUUACAAUUGACAAUAAUUUACAUUCACCCUCAAUUGGGAGGGCACAAGGGAUGUAUUUUUAUGAUCAAAAGGAUAUAUUUAGCUCAUGGCUUGGCUUUUCAUUUGUGUUUAAUAAUAGUGAUUAUAAAGGGAGUUUGAAUUUUGCUGGACAUGAUCCAUUGAUGAACAAGACUAGGGACAUUUCAAUAAUUGGUGGCACUGGUGAUUUCUUCAUGGCUAGAGGAAUUGCUACUUUGAGAACUGAUGCAUUUGAAGGAAGUGUUUAUUUUCGACUUCACGUUCAUGUUAAGUUGUACGAGUGUUGGAAAUUACUCUAGAUAUCACGCAUGGCGAGAGUUUAGUGCACCGGACUGUCCUCGUUCUGAUUUUCUUUUUUAUCCUUGUUGAAAGGUGACUCAAAUUGUGGGUCAACUUGACUUUUCUUUGUUGUUUUUCUUGUCCUCAUGAUGAUUUGCAUUUGUGUGGUCAUUGAUUUUGUUUCAGCCUUCACUUUAUGCAUGGAGAUUUCAAUUAUUAAGCUUUUAGAGUAUAUAUAAAUAAUAUGAAAUCUUUGGAGCAAAUUAACCUA